AUAUUUAUUCGAAAUAUUUCGAGAUAAAGCGGCUUGGAAUCCACGAUUGCGCAUUUUUAGCUUAUAUUUAGUAUUUUGAGAACAAUAGAUCUCUCUUAAGCUAUCACAAAGCACGUAAAAGCUUACUUCUAAAGUGAUAUUCGUGUGAUCUGUUCAGAAUGAGUAGAAAAAGAGGAUCCCAGAGCAGUCGCAACAUGAGAGAGAGUAGCGAAGAUAUGUUUUUAUCCCAAGACUAUCCUGGCCCGAGUAGCCAAGCCAGCCAGGCCAGUGUAUCAUCGCGACGUACUAGAAGUUCAACCAUCAAGGAUUCACAGAUUAUGAGUUCGCAGGAUAUGGAGACACAAAAAGAAAUGCAACUAAUCAGUAGUAUAAUAAGAUACCUUUUCAUGGCAGAUCGCAACAAGCUACCUAUACAGAAAUCACACAUUAUUAAACAUAUACUAGAUGGAAAUAGCAAAGUAUUUCGUUCUAUUAUAGAGAGUGUAAAUAUACAACUGUCUCAGGUAUUUGGAUACAGUUUAGUAGAAAUUGAAGGUAAUAAGUAUAUAUUGGUGAAUGAAAUAGAAAAUGAUCUUCCACAUCUCACCUUCAACGAUAAUCAUAAGCUGGUGCUGUUGUAUCUUGUACUUGUUCAUAUUUUUAUGUAUGGUGAAUCAUGCAAAGAAGAAAUACUGUGGGAUUUUCUUCAAAAUCUAGGUAUUAUAACUGAUGAUAAUUUUCAACAUGAAUACUUUGGCGACAUCAAACAAUUAGUGACAGUGGAUUUUGUAAAUCAGAGAUAUCUUGAAAAAGUAAUAAAAAAUAAGAAUGAUCCAAUGGAUUUUGAGUUUACGUGGGGCUCUCGUGCGAAAAAUGAGCUUACUUAUCGUUCCGCUUUGCAAUUUGUAGCAGAUAUAUAUGAUUGUCCUAUAAAGAAGUGGAAAUUGCAAUACAAAACUGUACAGGACGAAGAAGAAAACGCGAGAGAAUAAACGAGAUAAUUUAUCUACGUUUUCGACAUGUUACAAAAAAGAAAGAAGAAAAUACAUAAAAGUACA